AUGGCAGCAGAACAACCAACUUUCAAGCCCGCGUUGAUCCUACACGGCGGCGCAGGCAAUCUAAAACGUGCAACCCUCCCGCCGGGUCUUUACGCAGCUUACCAUGCCUCCCUUCAAUCCUACCUCCGCUCGACCCAAUCGCUCCUUAUCAACGGCAGCUCGGCCCUCGAUGCCGCUGUCCACGCUGUCUCAUUAAUGGAAGACGAUGAGCUCUUCAAUUGCGGGCGUGGUAGCGUCUUCACCACAGCCGGCACAAUCGAGAUGGAAGCUUCCGUAAUGGUGACCUCGGUUCAAGAGCCUGACGAGACCAGAGAGGGUUCCGUGAAGCGCGGCGCAGGCGUGAUAGGCGUCAGGAAUGUCCGUCAUCCCAUCCAACUUGCACGUGAGUCUCUGCUUCGCACCGGACAUACCGUCGAUGGUCAACGGAGCAGUGAUGGGGGUAGCAUGCAUUCGCAGCUUGCUGGGCCUCAUGUGGAGACGCUAGCUCGCGAUUGGGGACUCGAAUUUAAACCUGAUGAGUGGUUCUUCACGCAGCGUCGGUGGGAUGAGCAUGUGCGUGGGUUGAGGGGUGAGGCCGAACCUAUCUCCAUGAGCCAGGGAACUGUGGGUUGUGUUUGUUUGGAUCAAUGGGGGAAUUUGGCUGUUGCGACUAGUACCGGCGGAUUGACGAACAAGCUUCCUGGUCGCAUUGGCGAUACCCCGACUCUGGGCGCUGGCUUCUGGGCCGAGGCUUGGGAUGAGAUGGUAUCGGAUAGUGCUUCGGUCCGGUCUUCUCGAUAUCUCACCUCGGUCGAGGGGGUUAUCGAGGAAGCCAAAAGCUGGUUGGCCGAUUGCCUGCCUCCGUUUCUCAGGGAGACUCGCCCUCCAGCUUAUGCAGCUCUUCUACCCCAUGGUCAUCCGGGCACUAUCUUUGAGAAACAGUCGCCGUACCAGGUGCCUUCCAGCAAGCCCCAACAGGUGAGACGUGCCAUUGCUGUCUCAGGAACUGGAAACGGGGAUUCGUUCCUCCGCGUCGCUGCCGCCCGUACAGCCGCCGCGAUGCUACGAUUUUCUGCACCGGGCCGAUACUCGACCCUCGCUGAUGCCGUAACUGCCGUGGCUGGUCCUGGUGGUGAACUGCAACGCUCGGCUGGACGGCGCUGGAAGGUCACUGGCGAAGGUGAAGGGGGUAUCAUUGGGAUCGAAGCUGAGUCUGCGCCGACCACUACGAUUUCUCACGAUCGGCUACGUCGCGGGAGAGUUGUUUCUGAUUUCAAUUCUGGUGGUAUGUGGCGAGCUUACAUCGAGGAAGAUGAUGAUGGGAAAGAAAAGGAAGUAAUUAUGGUUUUUCGCGAAGAUUAUCAAUAG